AUGGGAGAAAUUACAGCGAAACUCCAAGGAGCUGCCCCGUUGGUUUUACAUCAGAAGUCAAACAACACCAGGACUGUGAUUUCUGUUCAUUACUUAUCACCAUCUCGAGUUAAUGGGUUCUUGGGAAUCAUACAACCAGAAAAUGGUGAGUUCCAUGACAGUUCACAGAUGAGUGGGUCUGGGUGUCUCAGAUCCUUGAUGCUCACUCUAAACCAAUUCCCUGAGCCUCUGUUUUCCCAUCGCUUCCCGCGUCAUUUCAGAAACCAACUCACUCUCACAACGAAACCCACCUCAUUUAUCAAUCCUCACAAGUGGUUUUGUGGGAAUGUCACAAGGUUGAGCUCGGCAGAAUAUAGUAAUGCAGCUGCGAAAGCCCAUAUCUUCGAUGGUAGUCUAGUUCAUCAAAAUGAAAGUAUCCAAAUGGGAUUGAAUUCCUGCAUUCGGUGGAAGCACAUUGCGUUCGAGCUAAUUGUCAGACUUAUAUUGGCUUUUAAAAGGGUGCUCAAGUUCUGGGUCCUUGUAAUAUGUGAUGGCCUCACUGAUGCUUAUCUUGCCUGUGGUGAUUUAGAUGGUGCGGUUAAGAAGUUGACCAGCCACGUAUUGGAUCUCUUUUCUCGAAUGAUAGUAGAUAAUGUGCAUCCUGAUGAGACCACAUUUGCCCGGAAUGGAUGGGAAAAAGAAGCAGUUCUCUUAUUCAUUCAGAUGCAAACAUCAGGAAUUUUACCCACUCCUUAUGUAUUCUCGAGCGUACUAAGUGCCUGCACCAAAAUAGAGUUAUUUGAGAUGGGAGCACAGCUGCACGGCCUUAUUUUCAAGGGGGGAUUUUCUUGCGAAAACUUAUGUAUGCAAUGCACUUGUGACAUUAUAUUCCCGCUCAGGGAACUUCAUAUCUGCUGA